AUGUGCUGGUCGUCUACUCUCGUGCGGGCUGCUUUCCUUUCCUUUUCGCCGGAUUUCCACAGCGCCGGGACGUCCAAAGUGUCUACGCGACGCCCAAGAAGCUUUAUCUUGCCGCCUCUGCUUCAGGACAGUGGCAGCAUGGCGUCUCCGUGGGGUUUGAACUUCGCACCCUGGACCUUGCGCCCAGAGGCCGAGGCUCACCGCACGGGCGUGAAACCCGACGGACGAGUGUCGCCGCUAACCCAGCGGUUUGCUCAGCAGAGUUCCAAAGUUGGAUACCACCGGGAAACGUCUUCGUUUGUCAUGGGCCCGCCCUCCGUUCGCGCAGUUGCUCAGAAUGUCCCUGGCAGCAUCCCAGUAGCCCACAGCGAGGCUGACUGUCGGCAGAAAACGCGCGCCUGGGCGAAUGACGCCGAAGAGGCCGACAGCAAAUUCGCAGGAAAUUGGGCGAUUCCGGUCGCGCGGUCUCUCGAGGCUCUGCCGCAGGAUUCCGACUUGCUCGGGUCCAGACCGGCCACGCCCUCCCUGACGCGGACUGCCUCUCUGCCCGUGCAGAGCUCGGACGGGACAGCGCGGAGGCGCUUGAUUCCUGGAUUCACCGUGCCGAUGCAGACGGGAAUACGCCUCUGGUGUACAUACUGUGGCGCGCGGCUCCGCUCACACAAGCACUUGGUCCAGAUGUGGCCAGAAUUCAUCAUGUGCACGCCGUGCGCCGCCGGGCCGUCGUGCAGCACCUGUCACCGGAAAGCGUUUGACGCGGUUGUCGACCUGAAGAACGGAACGAAGUCCUACUUGUGUCCCCACAGAUCCGAGGAAGGCGGUAUGCAUCUCUGCGGCCACUGCGCUUUGCUGUGCCCGGUACGGUCCCGGCGGAGUCUCGCCCGUUCCACCGCGACUGCUCUGGCGUGGCUCCAGUCGCAUGGCGUGCACUUCACGGACGACCUUUUGAAAUACCAACGAACCGAAGACGUGGAACACCUCCUGGAGCGUCUCGACACACAAGAGGCGCUGCAAGCCCACGUCAACUGCCCAGCAGGGAGCUCUCCGCCUCCGAAGCCAGGCAGUGCAGCCGGCAACCGAGUCUUCAUCCGCUCGCACGAGAGCCUACCCGGGACUCUGAGUAUUGAACAAGGGCGCCCGUGUGAGGCAUUCGCUGGUGGGGCCACACGCACACACACGCCGACUCUACAGUCUCAGCGGUCCUUCACCAUCGCGGUCGAGGCCGUCACUUUCGCGGAGCUGAACCCGACGCCAGCGACAAACAUUUACGGGCGGUGCGAGACGGAAAAGCUGCCGGUGAGGCCGGGAACUCAUGGAAGUUCGUCGGUCCCUGAGCGACUCGUGCGGCGCGUUGGAGUCGUACGCGGCCUCCCCCAAACCUUCUUCCUCAGUCACCUGACCCACGAGUUGCUCCACGCGUUCAUCUGGUGCCGCCAGCCUGGCGAAGGCAGCCUGCGCCUGGACGUCGAAGAGGGAAUGUGCAACUGGGUCUCGUCGGCGAUUUUCAAGGACCGGUUAGAGGCCAUCGACGCGCGCGAAGCGGAUUUGCUUGCGGGCGAAACGGCGGCGGGCGUGCCGAGCCCUCUAGACAGUCCCGUCUUCUCAGACAUCCAGCGCGACUCGCCCGCUGCCGUCGAGUUGGAGAAACUCUUUUUAAACUUUGAAAGGCGCGUGAUCAACGGUCGCCUGGGCGACAUGGAAUCCGACACGCACGUGUGCUACGGCGACGGCUACCGCGCAAUGAGGGAAGUGAUUGCCGCCAUCGGGCUGGCCAAAACCGUCGAACUCACCGAGACCUACGGAGACAAUCUCGACAACUUCGUUGCCGCUGCGCGCAGGAUGAAGGGAACGGAAAGGGACGGGCUCCGUGCGACGGCGAGGGAGGCUGUCUAG